AUGCAACUUGCCAAAAACUUAUACACUUCCUUCUCAAAAAGUGUAGUGAGAAAAAUAACUGAUGUUUACUAUUCUUAUCAAAUAGAAGAAAAACUUUCUAAGGAACAAAUCCUUGAAGCUUACUUAAACUCUGCAGGCUUCUCCAAGGGAACUGUGGGAGUCCAAACUGCUGCAAAAACUUUCUUUAAUAAAGACGUUUCAGAGCUUGACCUUGCUGAGUGUGCCCUUAUAGCUGGUGUAACAAACCUUCCAGAAAAGUACACUCCUUACAACACAAAAGAGAUAGAAGACUCAGACGACUUAGGAAACAUUGAAGUUGUUCUUCUUCCAAAAAAUGAAAACUCUGAGCCAAACUCUGACAGGAUUAUAAAAAUUGCCAAGAACUUAAACGAACUUGGACAAGUUGAUAACUUUGAUUUAAUUCAAAUUCAAAACGAUAUGCUAGUUCCUGUUAAGGCUGUCUUUAAUGAAACUUCACGAGAAAGACAAAGACUUGUAUUAAAGAGAAUGCUUGCUCAAGGACUAAUUACUAAAGAAGAUCACGACAAGGCUUUAAACGAAAAAAUUGAAAUCAACAUUGGCUCUCGUAAGGAAAGUGGAAUUUCUUCUUUCUAUACAGAUGUUGUUCAAAAGAAUGCUAUAAAAAUUUUAAAAGAAUCUGGAUAUACAAAAGAAGAAGCUACAAACAAACUCUUUAAUGGAGGUCUAAAGAUUUAUACUCCAAUGGAUAUAAAUAUGCAAAGAACUCUUGAAGAAGUUGUUUCCAAUCCAAAAUAUUAUUAUGGCGGCUUCACAGACAAGAAUGGAAUCAUCCAACCACAGGUUGCGUCUGUCAUCAUCGACCAAAAAACUCACGAAGUUAAGGCCCUUGUUGGUGGUAGAAAUGUAAGUGGAGGUAGACUUUUAAACAGGGCUCUUGUUCCAAGACAACCCGGAUCAUCAAUUAAGCCUAUUUCAGUUUACCUUACAGCUCUUAACAACGGAGCAACUGCAGGUGAUGUUUACCUAGACCAAAGGAUGCCAGAAAAAUUAUUCGGCCAUUCACCUAAGAACGCAGGCAACCACUACCAAGGUUGGACAACUAUAAGAAAUCUUCUUCGUCAAUCAUCAAACGUUGGUGCCUACCAAGUUGCCAGAGAUAUUUCUGCCGAUAAGGAUGCAAAAGUAAAUAAAAAUUCAACAUAUUCUAAGGUAUACAACGAUGAAGAAUCUCUUAAUAAGAUGGUUGAUACCUUAAAAUCAAUUGGAGUUUCUACAAUAGUUGAAAAGAAGGACAACCCAACAUGGAACGACAUAGACUAUGCACCUCUUACACUUGGCGGUAUGAGUUAUGGAAUAAGUCCUUUCGAAAUGGCUGGUGCCUUCACUGCAAUUGCCAACGAAGGAAAGUAUGCCAACCCUUAUGUAAUUACAAAAAUCGAAUCAAGCACUGGUGAUGUAAUUUACCAAGUUAAUCCUAAAGAGAGAGAAAUUACCACUACACAAAAUGCUUACAUCUUAACAGAUAUGCUAAAGGAUGUUGUAAGACGUGGUACAGGUAGAAAUGCCUCCUUCCCUGGUCAAGAAGUUGCCGGCAAGACUGGUACAACAAGUGACAAGAAGGACGUUUGGUUUGUUGGUUACACUCCUUACUACACUUGUUCAGUUUGGAUUGGUAACGACAAAAAUCAAAAACUUGCCUUUGGAUCAACUCAAUCAGCUUAUCUAUGGAAGCAAAUUAUGAGAUCUGUUCACCAAGAUCUUGACAGCAAGAAGUUCGAAGAACCUGAAGGUAUCUACACUAAGUAUUCAGGUGGCAGAAGAGAAAUCUUUGCUGACGGAACUAAGCCUCACUAUGUUAACAAGUACGGCUUCUACAGAGCUUCUGAAGAAAAGAAUAGAGAAGAUAAGAAGCUUGACAAUAAUAACAAUAGCAACAACAACAACAAUAAUAAUGAUGACAAGAAGAAAAGAAAAAAGAAAUCAUCAAACAACGAAAACAACAGCAACAAGUCAAAAUCAAGUAGAAAGAAGAAAAAAUCUUCUAAGUCAAUUAUUAAUAAUGAGAAUUAA